GUCCUAAGAGACAGCACUGAGCAAGAGGAAAACCAUAUCAAAUUAUUCCGGAGAUCUGUUCAUGAUCCUUACCAGGCUUGCUUCAGACAAUUCUUUGUGAAUAACCAACCUCCAGCAGGUCUCCGAAAAAAUCUGAACACCAUAAGAUACAUCUGCCAACAAAUAGCAGGUAGUCAAGAUGUCUUUUACGCCACAAUGUUCGAUGAAAACCAGGGAAUUGCGGUGUAUGCCGGGUACAAGUUGGAUCAAGGAACAAUUAACUUUGGUCAGGCGCCAGGGGGAACAAGAGGAUGGAAGAGAGAACCAGGUAGGGAUGAAGGAACUAUCGUUGAGAAAAAUAAUUGCUCAAGGUGUAGGAUUCUUUUUGCAAAUUGUGACGAUCCAAUACACUGAAUUUUUUGAGGAAUAGGGAUUGGAAAUACCCCCCCCCCCUAUCUCCCGCGUCCUUCUUCGGUCUAUUAUCGCCGAUGAUCUGUGAAUAUCUGACUUGAAAGUAGGGAGGGUGCCCCUGGCAUUUUGACGUUGAAAGGUUUUAGCUCUAAACACUUUAUCUGCCAAAAUAAGAGGAUCUUAAAUGUUCGUUCGUGAAACGUAAAACUGUAAUUUUGAUAAAUACAGUUACCUGGAUGACAUUGUUACCAUCACAUGAAAAGAUAUAAGUGCAAUGUUUACUCAUGUUUUUGGAGCAAGCCGAACUUAGGUAUGAUAAAAUGACAUAUCAAACUUGACUCUUCCAGGUAUACUGAGGCAAGGCAGUGACAACAUUUACCAGAAUCAACCGUUUCAAAAGGGUCACUUAGUCCCAGCAGAAACUUACUCGAGCUCUGAAGAGCGCUUAUGCUCAACCUACAGACACACAAACGCCGUUCCACAAGUAGGAGCUUUUAACGGCGGUCAGUGGUCCCAGUAUGAAAGGAAAAUACGAAUUUAUGCCCAAAACACCUGUGUGCAGAACAAUAGAGUGCUCUUUCUGUUAACUGGCACUUCUUUCGUUCAGGUUCAGAACAACCAAUUGCAAGUAACACUAGUACAACCUAACCAACUAGGUCCAGUCCAAAAUUACCCAUCAAUUACUAUCCCCAUUUCGAUGUGGACCGCUGGUUGUUGCGUGGCUCCAAAUGGCCAGGCAGAGAGUUUUGCGGUGAUUGGAAAUAAC